AUGGAAUCCUUCAAUCCUAACAAACACCUGAAAGAACAAUUUGUGAGCAACUUAACCGGUUCUUCCAAGCUCGAGAUAUUCUUCCUCAUCACGAAUUUCUCGAUUCUGAUACUUAUAAGGCAUUGCAUUGGAUUCAGUUGGACCAAUUAUGGUUCUAGUAAGAAAGAUGAUAAUGCUUCUAGCAGUUGCAAGAACUUGAAAGCCUACAUUGCGACUCUGAGUCUUGAUUUUCUAUGUAUUGCGGUUCCUUACGUUUUGCUCAUGACUGUUCUCGCCGAAUGGACUCAUGGGAUCACAUUGGUGUUUGUGCUGCUGCUUUUGUUCAGAAUGUUUUGUAGAAAUCGAUCAUCACUCUUGCAGGAAAAUGGCAUUAACUCUAUUAGGGCCACCAUCUCCUCCUAUAGGGUUUCUAUGAUGCUUGGUACAUCCCUCUGUAUUUUGGCUGUUGAUUUCAAGAUAUUUCCUAGAAGAUAUGCAAAAACAGAGACGUAUGGUUCUAGCUUGAUGGAUCUUGGUGUAGGAUCAUUUGUAGUAGCUAAUGCGUUGGUUUCACGACAGGCGCGUGGUAUUAUAAACAUGACAUUUAGCCAUGCUCUUCGUUCGACUGGUCCAUUGAUCAUUUUGGGGUUUGCUCGACUUAUUUCCACUUCAAGUGUAAAUUAUCAGGUUCAUGUUGGUGAAUAUGGUGUGCAUUGGAAUUUCUUUUUCACUCUCGCUGCUGUCGCUAUCCUCACUUUUGUUAUAAACGUUGAUCCUACAUACUGCGGAGUUCUAGGUUCCUUCAUCCUCAUUGCCUAUCAAGCAUUGCUGUCAUGUGGGCUAAAUGAAUACCUCCUUUUGGAAGAAAGGGGAGCAGACAUCUUCAGCCAAAACAAGGAAGGAAUAUUCAGCAUAUUUGGAUAUUGGGGAAUGUACCUUCUUGGCGUUGGAAUAGGAAGAUUCCUCUUCUUUGGAGACGAUUCAAAAACCAAGAAACGGGCCACAACUAGAGUUUGGGCUCUUUGCUUCUUUUUCUGGGCAUUAACUUUGUUUCUAGAGUUGCAUAUUGAGAAAGUAUCUCGUCGAAUGGUAAGUGGCACUAUGCCUAAAACCAAAUUGAUUUUUUCUCAGGUAUUAGCCAUCCUGAUGCUGUCCGAUUAUGUAUCCAGAUGUAAAACCUCAGCUCUAGAAGAAGCAUUUAACCGUAAUUUGCUUGCAACUUUUCUCCUGGCAAAUGUUCUUACAGGAUUGGUGAACUUAUCUGUUGACACACUGUCUAUGUCCUCAACCUCAGCCUUAGCCAUCUUGCUUGCCUAUGCUUUCCUUUUAUCUUUUGUUGUUGGAUUUGCAGAUUUUCUGGGCAUUAGGUUAAAGUUUUGCUAA